AUGGCACUGCAUUCAACUUCACCCCCGCGUGGGCUGGCUAAGAGUACUCAUGCUCCCAAUGCAAUUGACUUCUCCCCCAUCCUGAAGGCUGAGAUACAGCCAAAGUCCAAGCCAAAAGCCCCAUUAAGGACGAUAUUCCCGCACCUGGAGAUCGAGGAGCAUGCUAUCGAUGAUACACCUCCAUUGAAAGCCAUUGUAGUUGGCGCAGGAAUUGGGGGAAUUAAUGCCGGUAUUAUUCUUCCCCAGAAAGUGCCUGGGUUAGAUUUAAAAAUAUACGAGAAGACAUCAGAUGUUGGAGGUGUCUGGAACACGAACAUCUACCCCGGGGUUAAGUGUGAUAUUCCUGCGGAUGUAUACCAAAGUACCUUCGCACCCUCAACUGAGUGGUCAACUCCCUACGCCUCAGGAGCAGAGAUCAAGGCCUAUUGGAAAUCACUUGUGAAUAAAUACAAUGUAGAAAAGUUCAUUAGUUUCAAUAGUAUUGUCAAGAGGGCAACCUGGGCAGAGGCAAAGGGUAAAUGGAUCGUUGACGUAACGGUUAACGGACAAGACCAAAUCGACGAAGCUGAAUUUUUAAUAACAGCAACCGGUCAUUUCAGCAAUCCACUGCUUCCUAGAUAUCAAGGCAUUGAAGAUUACAAGGGCCAUCUCCGGCACAGCUCGAACUGGGAUCCGAGUUUUGAUCCAACUGGAAAACGAGUGGCAGUGAUUGGAAAUGGUGCUUCUGGGCUUCAAAUACUUCCACCUUUGCAAAAGGUGGUUCAGCAUCUUGAUCAUUACGCCCGGAGUCCCACUUGGAUCGCCGGAUCAUUUGGGGGCGAAGACUUGAAUGGAUUGACCACGACUGAACGUCCACCUCAAUCCCGAGAUGCGGCAACUUUCCAUGAGUAUCGGAAGAACCUUGAAGCCAAGUCGUUCAAGCGAUUUGCGGCGGUUAUUAAAAACGGCGAAAAGAAUGCUGCGUUGCGAUCAACGUUCAAGAAAUUGAUGGCCGACAGACUUGAUGGCCGCACAGAUCUGCUAGACACUAUCGUUCCGGAGUUCUCUCCGAGCUGUCGCAGGUUAACUCCAGGACCAGGAUACCUCGAGGCACUUACAAAAGAUAAUGUGUCCUAUAUAUCCACAAACAUAGAGAAAUUUACAGAAAAUGGCAUUCAGACCACGGACGGGGUUCACAGAGAAGUUGAUGCUGUGAUCUGUUGCACCGGCGCGGAUAUUUCUUUCUCAUCUGCUUUCCCUAUAAUUGCAAAUGGGGUUGAUCUGCAAAAAGCUUGGAGGCCUGAAGGAACACCUGGAUUUCCAGAUACAUACCUCUCGAUUGCGGCUCCCAACUUCCCAAAUCUGCUAUUUAUCCUUGGCCCCAAUGCCACUGGACAAGCCGGAACACUACCGAACGCCGUCGAGAAUCAAAUGACCUAUAUUGCCAAAAUACUUAGAAAAGUUGCAACACAAGGGAUCCGGUCCAUCACACCUACGCAAGCUGCAACAAAUGACUUCCGUGCUUAUUGCGAGUCCUUCUUUCCUCGCACAGUCAUGAGUGAGGAAUGCAGCUCGUGGUUCAAUGGUGGAAUUGCUGGAGGCAGAGUUUCCGGUAUCUGGCCAGGAAGUGGAAUUCACGCCAAUAUUGUAAAAAGAGAUGUCAGGUGGGAGGACUUUACCUACACCUAUCUGAACGGUACCGGUAACCGAUUUUCGUACCUUGGCAAUGGAUUUAGCAAGAAGGAACUCGCCAUUGAGGCUGACCCUGAUGCGGAGAUCGACUUUACUCCGUAUCUGUUAGAGGAGGCGGUAAAUGGAACGGUUGACCUUAGGUCAUAUAAUGAGUUGUGGUUUGAUAUUUAG